AUGGCAGCCACGCGGUCCUUAACAAGGCAAGGCAAGCUGCCAUCCGGAUUUGCAACAGUUGGAGAUGUCCUCGGGGGCAAGAUCAGUGCAGGAUCUAGAAUCAAUUUAAUUGGGAUUCUAACAGACUUUCGAGCUCCAAUUCCCACGAGAGGAGAGGAUUGGAAAUGUCAGAUGCGCAUCUAUGAUCAGUCAGUCGAAGACGAGCCUGAGGGAUCUAUUCUCCUCAACAUUUUUUGGCCACAAAACGAUAUGCCGGAUGCUAGCUGCGGUGACGUGAUCAUCGUAUUUUCAGUCAAGGUUCAACGCUAUGAAGAUUCAACUUCACUAUGCACCCACAAGACAACUGAUUUACACAUAUACGAGUCUAUUAAAAUACCCAAAUAUGGCGCCGAUGCCUCCAAUGCCCGUCGGCUGCCAACCAGAACCAAGAUCAAACGUCAACCAAACAAGAUUGAGAAUGAGUUCGUCAGUGUCCUAUAUAACACUAUCAACAAAGAGAGAGUCCCGUCACAUUCUGAGUUCGACAUCAUGAGAAAAAAUUCGACCAACUUGAAUAAGAAGUUUUCUGAGCUAAAAGACUUGCAGACCGGAAAGUUUGCUGAUACAGUGGUGCAAAUCGUCAAGGAGCCGUACGAUUUGGGUGACAAAUUCACCUUGUGGAUUUCAGAUUACACGGAACAUCGGCUAUUCUACCAUUACAAGUUUAUGGAGGGUGGCUCUUUCGAGGAACGAGACGAUAGGCCGAAUGAUUACAUGAGCAAAUAUUCUGGCUCUUCACAGAAGUCUGGGUGGCCAGGCCCGUUUGGGAAGAUGAGCAUGCAAAUCACCUGUUUUGAGCCACACGCGGGAGCAAUCCGAGAUCAACACCUUUCAAUAGGCACCUGGGUCUCUUUGCGUAAUCUGCAAAUCAAAUUAGGCCACAAUGCAACCAAUUUGGAAGGUUACCUCAGAGAAGAACGAGGUGUCCAGGGAAACAAGGUCAAUAUAUUAAAAUUAGACCACCUUGCCAGCGACACGCUGAGUCCAGAGCUGAAAAAUGCCCUUAGGCGAAAGCGAGCAUACGAAAAGAAAGUGCAGGAAGAUCUCAAAGAUCUUAGUGAAGCCACCAACGCAGGACUAAAACGCAAGGCCCAGCUCGGCUUGAGUUCGGAAACGGAUGUCAAGGCCCGUAAAAACUCAAAACAGAGAAGAACCGAAAAUCGACUGUCUAAACAACGAGGAUAUAAACAACAAAACGGCCAGGCAGACAAUGCUUUGCCGCCUGAUAACAUCACCACAGAAAAUGUCCCCGAAGAAAAUGUCCCCGAAGACCUCAACAGACAAAUAAGGUGCGAAAACGAACUUAAGACAGUUACGUCCAUCGCAGACAUACUAGCACCCACAUAUCAUGAAACUACAAUACAAGGAGACACCAUCAAGCUCCAACUGCCGUUCAUAAAUUCCAAUUACCGCACAUGCGUUCGUGUAACCGACUUCAUGCCCCCUUGUCUCGAAGACUUUGCGCAUCGUACAAGAAGAGCAUCUGAAUAUGCUGGUCUCUCGGACAACGAAGAGUCGGACUCCGACACAACUUCAGACUCUGACAACGAUGCACAUCCGCUCUCAGCACUCACUAAUGUCGUCACGGGAUGGGAGUGGCGCUUCUGUUUAAAACUAGAAAAUGCGCAGUCCAAAGGAGGCUCCAAGGACUCCAUCUGGGUGGUGGUCAAUAACCAAUCUGCCCAAAUGCUUUUGGGCCUAGAUGCAUCCGAUUUGAGAAACGACGAAAAAACCCUCAGUGAUUUACGCCUGAGGCUGUGGUCGCUAUGGGGAAACUUGGAAGAGCAAAAAGCCGAAAUGGAAGACCGAUUAUUAAAAGCAAGACAUUCAAAUAAUCGCAGUGUCCCUCCAGCGCACUCCGAUGAUGAAGAAUCCGAUACAAAGAAGCCCGCACGGCCAGAGGUUUCUAACCGCCCCUUUGCGUGUUGUAUUCGCCAGUAUGGUGUAACAGUCGCGGAAGAUGAUGAAACAAAGGCUGACGCUGGAAACGGCAAGCGUUGGGAAAGAAUAUUCGGUCUGUUUGGGACUAGAAUAACCGGCUUCAGACAUUGA